ACCAAAAAGCACCAACAAAAAACAGUCAAGGAUGCUGAAUAUAAACGACAUAAGUCCUAAAAGUUGACUGAACCUCAGAAUAAUUAGGAUGUAAAUGUUUUUAUAUUUUUAUUUUCCUUAAAAAUAAAAUCCUCAAAAAAGCUAACUUCACUUGAUCCACUGCCCUACUCCUAUAUAUAGACAUACAGUCAUUGCUCCAAAGUAUCGCCUUGCAAUUUAUGGAAACUAUUAUCAAUAGAAAAUUCUCACACCUCAAUACAUCAAAAGCAGCAUUCUCAGUAAACUCGAACAUGCUGAUCAUCAUAACCUGCAUUCUCUGUGCCCUCAUUUGUGUAAUGGGACUCAUGGCAGUAACCCACUGCGUGUGGCCCUGCCCUCAGCUUCCUACUACGCGGGGGAAUACUGUUGAAGUGGUUCCCAACAAAUGCUUGAAGAGGGAGAUCAUUGACUCGCUCCCUAGAAAGGUCUUCAAGUCUGGCAGUCCAAUAGCUGCUGCUGAUGCGGCUACAAGUGAGAAUGAUAAAGCAGCAGCAGAGUGUGUGAUUUGUUUGGCUGAGUUUGUGGAAGGAGAGGAGGUUAGGGAAUUCCCAGGAUGUUCCCACGUGUUCCAUGUUGAAUGUAUUGACACGUGGUUGAUUGGGUCCCAUUCCUCCAGCUGCCCUUCCUGCCGUCAAACGCUGGUUGUUGUUGGCCAGUGCCAGACCUGCAGGACCGGUGUAUCUGUGGUGUUUCAACAGCAAGAAGCUGAUUUCUUACCUUAAUUUUGCAUCUUACUCUAUAAUAUCAUACAAGUAGUAUAUAUACUGUUCAUAAAAUAAGAUCUCUCAGAAGAGAGAAUUCUGUUACCACUGCUACUCUGCAAGUUUUCAAAGUGGUAC